CUGGGUCUGGCUGGGAGCCCCUUUCCUUACUCCAGCCCCCGGGGUGGGAGCCUCGCCCAGCGCCCGGGUCCUCACUCGACGGCUGGAGGGUUUCCAGAAGGUGAUGCCUCAGAGACUGAUGUGCCCUGGGCUGAUGAGGAAGAUGGAGUAUCCUUCCAACACUCCAGCAGUGAGCUCUACCUGCAGCCUCUGGCAGUCACAGAGAACCAUGGAGAAGUGGAAAUCCAACUGCACCUCAGUUCCAGUCAUUGCCUUUUGAAAGACUGCCAAUGGCAGGCAAAGUUCCAGUUGCUCAAAUGCAUGUGCCCAGAGGGCAUGGAGCUAGCUGUGAAUAAUAUCACCUGCAUAGACUCUGCCAGAACUGUGCUCUCACCAGGAGCUGAAUUUCCUCACGAGGCGCCCAUCAUCAGCAAGUUCAGCCAUCAAAACAUUGUGAGCUGUGUGGAACUCAACCUCUGGGCUGCCCCUCACCUAAUUCUGCUGGAGUUGAUGUCUGGAGCUGACGUGAAGACUUUCCUGAGGGCCAGCCUCUGGCCAUGCAGGACCUGCUCCAGCUGGCCCAGGACAGCCCCAGGCUCCCACUACCUGGAGAAAAAUCACUUCAUCCACAGAUGUUCUUUAUUACCUGGAGGGCAUCUUCACAUCCAAGACAAACUCCUGGUGAUACCAUGCCCUCCCCCUCCCCUGCCUUGGGCCACCUCAUGUGAGGAAAGAGGCUUUGCCUGA